AUGUCAAGAACAGAUCCAGUCCAAGGCCUAACAAGCAAGUAUCUCCGAAAGGACUACAAGGCUUUCUUGGCUCACAUCGUAGUAACAGAGAAGGAAAAGAAGCCGAUGGAAAAGUCUGGAGAAAAAAAGAAGAAGACAGUUGAAGAGAUUGUGGUUAAGAGUGAGAAGAUAGUGAAGGAUGUGAAGAAAGAGUUAGCUGGUGAAGAGAAAUCAGAGGAAGAUGUUGCAGAGAAACAGCAAAAUAAUGAGGAAGAUCAGAAGGCAGAAGAAGUCAUGGUGCCUAAUGCUGAGGUAAAUACUCAAUCUGAAUCUUCUAAAAUGUUAGAUAAAUCUGUGCAUAAAACUGAUGAACAGUACAAGAAGUGCAUGGAAAUGUGCAAAGCUUGUACUGAAAAGGAUAACAGUCUAAGAUCCAGAGAUAUAGAGUUUACUAAAAUUGAAAAGAUUUUCAAAGAGAAAUGUGAAGAAAUGAUUGAAAACGAAAAGUUUUUGAAACAAGAAAAUGAAAAGCUGACACAAAAGUGUGAUGAUCUUGAAAAGGAAAUUAAAAUUUUGAAAGAAAAGUGUUCAAAAGUUUGA